AUGGACUUCAAAAAUAACAAUGACAAAUUAACUAAAGAAAUAACAAACCUAAAAAAUAACAAUGAAAUUUUAACUAAAGAUAUAACUAACCUCAAAAAUAACAAAAUUUUCAGAUUGGCUUCGUGUAUUAAUGAUAUUGCAAUAAUUGCUGGUUUACCUUUGAAUGCUGACUUUAAGACAGUUUAUAAAUACAUUAAAAAGCUUUCAGAUAAGCAUGACAAUGCAAGACUAUGCCUUGCAAAUGUAUGUGGAUUAUGGGAUAUUAAAUCCGAAGAUGGAUGUCCUCUUUUUAAUUUUAUAUGUUUUAAAGGAGAACUUCAAUUAUUAAAAACUUUUAUUGAAGAAGGUUAUAAUAGAGAUACACUUGAUCAGCAUGAAAAUAACUGUUUAAUUGGGGCAGCAUCAUCAGGACAUCUUGAAAUCGUAAAAUAUUUAAUUGAAAUUGGUUUUGACAAGAGUUUUCAGGAUGUAAAAAGUGGCUAUAAUGCAAUUCUGGCUGCAGCAGAACACGGUCGUGUUGAAGUUCUUAAAUAUUUACAAAGUAUUGGUUGUGAUGUAAACUCUAAAUUGAAAAAUAAUGUAAAUUGUAUUUACUUGGCAUCAAAAGAAGGUCACCUUAACGUAAUUAAAUAUCUUGUUUCUUGUGGAGUAAAUCCAAAAGAAAAAGAAAAUGAUGGAUGGUCUCCAAUAAUCAUCGCAGCAUACAAGGGUCACCUCGAAAUAAUUAAAUAUCUAAUUCAAUGCAGUUGUGAUAUAAAUGAUAAAACAGAUGAAAAAUAUGCGCCUCUUCAUUAUGCAGUUCAAAAAGGUAAUUUGGAAGUUGUAAAAUAUUUGGUUUCAAUUGGUGCCAAUCUUAAUGAUAAAACUAACGAAGGACAAACUCCACUUAAAAUUGCAAAGAUGUGGGAAAAUUCAUAUAUGCAUAUAAAGGUCGCAAAAUUUCUUAUUCAAGCAGGAGCAAGAGAAAAUUAA